GGUACGAGUCACAAACCGGAAGUUGGACUUCGUUCCACCGGAAACGGUUGGAAACUGGGCUCCUCUCCAGAAAGAUGCUAAAGUCUCCCCAGCCAGAGCUGUGAGCAGGAAGGUUAUGUGUUAGUUGUCCUACAAGGACACGUCGCCGAGUGGACGCCAUGGAAGAAGACAUCUUGACCACGCUGAAGAUAUUAAUCAUCGGAGAGAGCGGGGUGGGGAAGUCCAGCCUCCUCCUCAGAUUCACAGAUGACACUUUCGAUCCAGAGCAAGCCGCCACAAUAGGUGUUGACUUCAAAGUGAAGACCAUCUCCGUAGACGGUAACAAGGCAAAGCUGGCAAUAUGGGACACGGCUGGACAGGAGCGCUUCAGGACCCUGACACCCAGUUACUACCGAGGUGCCCAAGGAGUCAUCCUAGUGUACGACGUCACAAGACGAGAAACCUUCACUAAACUGGAGAACUGGCUCAACGAGCUGGAGACAUACUGUACGAGGAAUGACCUCGUGAAAAUGCUUGUUGGAAACAAAAUUGAUAAGGAAAACCACGAUCUAGACAGGGCAGAAGGGCUGAAGUUUGCAAGAAAACAUUCCAUGCUGUUUAUAGAGGCCAGCGCAAAGACCCGGGACGGUGUCCAGUGUGCCUUUGAAGAGCUGGUGGAAAAGAUCAUCCAGAGUCCAGGAUUGUGGCAGAGCGAGAGUCACGGCAGGGGGGUGCAGCUCACCGAUGAAGACGCAGGAGGUGACACCUGCGCUGGAUUCUGCUCACUGGUCUAGACAACAGACACACACACAGAACAUUUUGCAGCAUACAGGUGUGAAUACCCCACACACUGCUUCCAUCCUCACUUGUCGUCUUGUCCUGAGCCAAGUACCCAGACUGCGGGCUGGACCGUCCACACAGACCUUACUGUAUGCACGUCUUCCGAUAAAACUGCGCUUCAAAUGCAAAAAGCCGCUCAGCCUCGGUCCUGACGACGCGGGAGUGCGCUCGUCUCGCCUCCCGCUUGCUUUGGCGUUGGACAAUGGAAGGAACAUCAGUUUACACUCUGCAACACAUUUUUAUCAAAAGGGAGACACGACUGCAACAAAGUCAACCAAAGUGUGGAAGAAAAGAUGAAUCCUAUUGACCGAGGGUAACUUUUUGCUGAAUCUCGCUUGAGCUGGCUAACCUGUGCGGAACACUCGCUGUUUGGACAAAAGUAUUGGGACAGCCCUUACUCCUAGACCACCUGGCUCUUGGGUCAUCUGUGAGGACUGUUUGGAAUCAAUCCGAUACCAAGUAAAUGUGAGGCCAGCUAUGUUAACACAAUACUUUUAAGAUCACUUUUAAUCGUGAUUGUAUCCAACAAACAUUUUUACAAAUGAUCUAGUAUUGUGUUGCAAAGAAACUACACAAAAGCAAAAACUACCAUUGGCUCUCUUUCAAAUCCUUCGGCUUUUAGCUUCCAAAGCACUCCUGUGUCCAAUAUAUGUUUGUAAACAACAUAAAUAGCACUGCAGAAAUGUUAUUCAUAGAAGAGAAAUGAAAAUACAGCUACUUAUUAACACUAUCGAUAUCUGGAUCGAUCUGCCCAGCCCUACUGGAGACCGGGCCUGAUGGACCUUGCAUUGUGCAUGGAGGUACAGCUGCACCUUGGCACAGGACAGAACACAGAACUUGUCCAAACAAAAACAUGUAGCUGGAUGUAAGGGCAUUGCCUGGUUUGUGUCCCAAAACUUUUGUCCAUUGUUUAUGUAUAGGACAUGCUGCUGUGGGGAGGUUCUUCAAUGCCAAACCAUCCUGAAGUCCCUCUCAACACUCCGCUAAACGGCUUGGGCUAUGUUCUCACAAUAUCAUGACUUAACAACAAGGACAUUUGGCCACUUCUGUUGACUUCAAAGAACGUCAGUGUUUUGUUUUGAAAAAACCAAAGGGAUCGGGACCAGCGAAACACUUUUCCACCCAACAUCAAUGAAAAGGGGAAGGCUUUGAAUCUCCGUGGCGCUGGACUGGAGUCAUUCAUAGAGAUGGUAUCAGUGAUAUCGCUCACAGCGCCGCGGUCUGUCACACUUAAAGGGAAAGUCUUUAAUAUUGCACAGGGUAACAUUCCCCCACAUUCGGAGAGUCGAAAAAGGCUCUGAUUUGCUAAUGGGUUUAACAGUUCGGAACCUGGGAAAUGUCCAGUUAUUCUGCGCCUCUGAUCUGGUUGUUAAAACAACAUGAAUACUACAAUGUCAAAUUUGGGAUCACUUGCAUGAGGAACUAUCCGUGCCAUUCUUUGCCUGGUCUGUCCACUUAAGUUUAGCUGAAAGUAAAACAGCAUUCGGCUUUUAGCUUUUAACUUGAAAUUGUUUUUUUGUCUGUUCAGAGAUAUGAGCCAUUAAUAUUUGUGCACAUUUGUUGUAUUUUAGCAAUUAGAUGGGAUCCUCCUUGAGAUGUAAAACUGAAUGUACACAUACAAACUGCCCUAUGUAUUAAAAUUGUCUUCUUUCCCCCCCCCUUGCAGUCCUACAAACGUCAGGCUUGGUUGAUGCAAUAAAGUAUGAAAAGGAAGACGUUAUGUGG